GCUGCUGGACGAGCAGGAUUCGUACAUCCAGAGCCGUGCGGAUGCCAUGCAGAACAUUGAGGCCACCAUCGUGGAGCUGGGCUCCAUCUUCCAGCAGCUGGCACACAUGGUGAAGGAGCAGGAGGACACCAUCCAGAGGAUCGAUGCCGGUGUGGACGAGGCUCAGCUGCAGGUGGAGGCGGCGCACACGGAGCUGCUGCGUUAUUUCCGCGGGCUGAGCUCACAGCGCUGGCUGCUGCUCAAAGCCUUCCUCCUCCUCCUCCUCUUCUUCAUCCUCUUCGUCGUCUUCCUUGCCUGACCCCCCCCCAA